GGCGACAAAAUGGCGGCGGGCGCUUGAGGCGGCGAUGGCGGCGCUGAGGCGGGCGCUGAGCGGAGCCUGGCGGCCGCCGCCGCCCUCUCACCGCGGCCUGGCCCGGCCGGCGGGGCCGCCAAGCUCCCGGCAGCUGCGGGAGGCCGACGAGGCCGCCCCGGUGUUCCAGUACGCGGGGAAGGCGGCGCGGCGCCGGGGGCGCGUCUUCGUGUGGGGCUUCUGCCUGGCGGGCGCCCUGGGCAUCCCCAGCUUCGUGAGGCCGGACGCGGGCUGGAAGAGGCCGCGGCGGGUGCAGCCGACGCCGUACCGGCUGGAGACGGACGGGAAGAUCACCUCUGCAGCCUGUGGUUAUGGAUUCACGCUGCUGUCCUCGAAUACCACUGACAUCACCAAGGUGUGGGGCAUGGGGCUGAACAAGGACUCCCAGCUUGGAUUUCAGAGGAGCAUAAGAGACAGAACUAAAGGCUACGAAUAUGUCUUGGAACCAUCUCCAAUUCCGUUACCGCUGGAGAAGCCGCAGCAGACUCGAGUCUUGCAGGUGUCCUGUGGGAGAGCCCAUUCCCUGGUCUUGACGGACAGCGAAGGAGUUUUCACCAUGGGAAACAAUUCUUACGGACAGUGUGGUCGGAAGAUAGUUGAAGAUGAAAUUUACAGUGAAAGCCAUUUGAUUCAUCAGCUGAAUGAUUUUGACAGCAGAGUUGUCCAGGUUGUGUGUGGCCAGGACCACAGUCUGUUUAGAACCGAGAAAGGCGCAGUCUUUGCAUGUGGUUGGGGAGCUGAUGGACAAACAGGCCUUGGGCACUACAAUAUCACCAGUAUUCCUACGAAGCUAGGUGGUGACAUCGCUGGAGUGAACAUUAUCCAGGUCUCUUCCUACGGGGACUGUUGUCUGGCUGUCUCAGAUGAGGGAGACCUCUUUGGCUGGGGGAAUUCCGAAUACUUGCAGCUGGCAUCUGUCACAGAAACCACGCAGGUCAGUGUUCCCAGACACUUGCCGUUCAAGAUUGGGAAGAUAAAGGAGGCUGCGUGUGGAGGGACGGGCAAUGUUGUGCUGACGGAAGAAGGAAAUGUUUAUGUCUGGGGAUAUGGAAUUCUUGGGAAAGGACCAAACCUAACAGAAACAGCGGUGCCAGAGAUGAUCCCGCCCAGCCUCUUUGGCUGGUCAGACUUGAAUCCGGACAUCCGCGUUGCUCAUGUUCGCUGUGGACUCAGCCAAUUUGCAGCACUUACAAACAGAGGAGAGCUCUUUGUAUGGGGCAAGAAUCUAAGAGGGUGCCUGGGAAUUGGAAGAAUGGAAGACCAGUAUUUCCCAUGGAGGGUGACUGUGCCCGGUGAGGUGGUGGACGUCGCAUGUGGCGUGGAUCACAUGGUAAGCAUGGUUAAAUCUUUCACCUAGCAAUGCUGCUGGGCCUCAGCGCAGCGCUUUGAAGAUGGGGAGCUCGGUGAUGAGCUUCUGGGAAAGGAAGAUUCGCUCCAUGGAGCCAGACAAGAAGUGACUGAGCAGGGACAGCCCUAGCAGUGCCUCGGUGUGCUCUCGUCUCUGCAUUGUUGAAACGCUCCGGCCUAGCUGCAGGAGGAAGGAUGCUCCCUGAGGAGGGCAGCAGUGCACGGAGUGCUCUGACAGCUUCCUGACAAACUCCCAAAGAGGCUGAGGCCCAGCCCGCAGCUGGUGCUUCCUGUGCAAUAGGAUGAAGAGAUCUCCCUCAGGAAGACUGGUGUGAGGUGAAAUUCAUAGCACGGGGCAUUCGUUUACGAGUGCUUUCCUUGUCACCAGCUCUGGGGUGUCAGCACUGGACUGAGCCAAGCUCUUUCCCCAGGAAAAGCUUUAUAGUUACUAGUUUUUAAUGCAGAAGAAAACUCAUUCUGGCUGUUGGAGUCCAGCGCAGCUGUGCUUGGAGUCCCCUACCACAUGUGCUCUGCCCAGGCCGCUGUUCUCUGCAGAAGCUGGACACGGCCACGUGCCUGUGGCCCAGGCUGUCCCAGGCUCUGCGUGCUCUCUGAAGGCUGAACAGCCAGGGAACGUACAGGGAACACGUUUGUUAGACUGGGAGAGUGAGAACUUGUCUGCAGGGGGAAA